CAGGAAGUAAAAAAUACCAACAACAAAAACUGAACUACACACAAACACUCCCUUUAUCUGCACAUGUUCCGCAAACUGAAAGAGGAAUGAAUGCACACACACACACUGUUGUUUGUACAGUUUGGGCCAUAAAACCUCACUGGCAGGCUCAGCGUCACAUUUAUGUGGACGUUUCCUUGCCUGUUGCACCUUUUAUUUCCACUCAUGCGUGGACUCGUGUUGGUAGUGAAGCUGCUGAGACCUGAUGGAUGGUUUCUGUCUGUGUGGGAGCUGUGCAUGCAUACUCUUUGUUUGCGAAGGGUGUGGUGUUUUUGUUCGUUUCACUGCCUGCUGCUGCUGGAGCCAUGCUUAACUGUUCUAGCAGUGCAAUAAUUACUAACACAGAGGAGGAGUAGGGAUCCAGUUUGGAUUCUUCCUCGCUGUGAUGCAUUUAUAUGUAAAUACAGACAGAUGCGCCCCGCCCCUUCCUCUGGUGCCAAAGUGGCCAGUCCCUUCUCAUGAAAGCAGCCAGUGAGACGCUACACACAGACCUCUGCCUCACAUCAGCCUCUUCUACUCCACUCGCUUUACGGAGAGAUUGACUCACAAACUUCCACGUAGCAGCAGCAGCAGCAGCAGCAGUAGAAGGAAGAGGAGGAGGAGGAUACAGGGACAACUCCGCCGCGCCUUGUUUCCGGACUCGCCCUUUUCUCUUACGCACUACUAUCGCGAUAGAUUGUUACCAUAGUUACAACUAACAGCUGCUGCAUAACUGAGGAUCCAAACUUGUUUGACACUUCCAGUGUCCGCCCACUGUCCACAGACAGACGCACCUCUGUUCACCUGCAUCCGUUCACGCGCGUCAGGCUCCAUCAUCCAUCCAUGUGCAGCGCGCUCCACUGAAAACAGACGCUGCUCGUUCAAGUCUAAAAACACGCGGUUUAUUUCUCAGGGGUUUCCUGUAUUAUUAUUAUUAUUAUUUUUUUUUUUUCCUACAAUUAUGCAGGGUGAUAAUUAUAAACGCACGGUUAUCAGCCCCUUUCCCACACCGCGGUGUCUGGCUGCAGCGGCUCCUGCGGGGAAAUCGAAGCUGACUCACCCGGGGAAGGCGAUCCUGGCCGGUGGAAUUGCAGGUGGUAUAGAGAUCUGCAUCACAUUCCCCACAGAGUACGUCAAGACACAGUUACAGCUGGACGAGAAGGCAAAUCCACCUAAAUACAGAGGAAUUGGUGACUGUGUGAAGCAAACAGUGCAGGGUCACGGCGUUAAAGGACUGUACAGAGGACUCAGCUCACUGCUCUAUGGCUCCAUACCCAAGUCUGCAGUCAGGUUCGGGGUGUUUGAGUUCCUUAGUAACCGGGCAAGGGAUGAGUCCGGGCGACUGGACAGCACUAAAGGCCUGCUGUGUGGGCUUGGUGCUGGCGUGAUGGAGGCUGUUGUGGUUGUCUGUCCCAUGGAAACUGUUAAGGUUAAAUUCAUUCAUGACCAGACCUCAGCAAACCCCAAAUACAGGGGUUUCUACCACGGAGUCAGAGAAAUCAUCAGAGUUCAAGGAUUAAGAGGAACAUACCAGGGUCUCACUGCUACGGUCCUCAAACAAGGCUCCAACCAGGCUAUUCGGUUCUAUGUGAUGACAUCUCUCAAGAACUGGUACAAAGGUGAUAACCCCGACAAAGCCAUCAAUCCCCUGCUGACUGGACUCUUCGGAGCCACAGCAGGAGCAGCCAGUGUAUUUGGAAACACCCCACUUGAUGUGAUCAAGACGCGGAUGCAGGGUCUGCAGGCACACAAAUAUAAAAGCACGCUCGACUGUGCUGUGAAGAUCCUGAAAUACGAGGGCUUGGCAGCUUUCUAUAAAGGGACAGUUCCUCGUCUUGGCCGUGUGUGUCUGGAUGUGGCCAUAGUUUUCAUCAUCUAUGAGGAGGUGGUGAAGGUUCUGAAUGCGGUCUGGAAGACCGACUGAGCUGCCUGACUUCCAUAAAGGUUGUCGGCUUCCUGCUUCCCAGGCAUUCGAUACAGAUCCAAGUUUGGCAAACCUCUCCCGUAUCAUACGGUGAGACUAAACUUAGAUCAGUGUCUCCUGGAGGCUAAAAGGCUCUCAGGAGCAGUGGAGAAGAAAGGCAGCCUGAUUGAGGCUCAGUGUGUUAACAUCUGGACAGAUGCAGAGCUUUGAUGCUGAGCAUCAAGACAGCUGAUCAGACUGAGGGUCAAGUUCACAGAGUGGGGUUACAAAGUCAAUCAAAUAACAUUGAAAAACAUGGUUCCUAAUUUCUAAAUGUGAAACAAAACCUGAAUAACAUGAAUAAUUAUCCCUUAUAACACUGAGCAUUGCUUUAAUAUGUUAAAAUGUACAGUAUAUGCCGAGGCUAUGAGAACGUGCAAUACAGAGUUUCUUAUAUCCUUUUUUUCAGCACAACCUAGGCAAUCUGAUGAAGAAUUUCUUUAAUUUUCACCAACUGUAUAAACACACCUGAGCAAAAAGUACUAAAAAUGUUUAAAAACGGAUUGAAUUUGUGUCAUUUGGAGUUCACGUGACUCCUUUUUAUGACCAAAAAGAAAAGAAAAAUGGUCUAUUUUGUGACUUCUGCACAAUUAUUGCUACUUUAUAUUACUAUUAAUUUACCAAGGGUGCAACAUGGUUCUUUCAAGACUGCUCAUAAACAGCAUUUUACAGAUAUUUCGGCACCUUUUUUCCCCCCCCGUGUUAUCUGGUUCACUUGUCUUUGUAAACCUGCUCUGUGAAACACCCUCCGUCAAUGAAAAGCAUUAUUUCCCAUCAUUCACAGCUGUUUUACUGAGGUUUACUGCAAGUAUACAGGUGUCGUAUCGCUGUAUUUCUUGAGUUUGCGCUGCGUUCCGUCUCCUCUGGUGCUUAAAUGAUGUUUCCAAAGCGAGAGGACUCGGGCCGCAGCUGUCUGCAGUUUACAGUCACAUAAACUGCAGUCACUUCCAUAACUAAGCCUUUAAAUAGAAUGGAUUUACAGUUAUAAUGUGCCAGUUAUUUUUAUACAGUGUAUAUUGUUGUCUAGUUUAUUACCAACAUGAUAGUUUUAUUGUAGAGAAUAAUAUAUUUUAUUCUUGUGCCAAAUGCUGAACCUGGUAUACUGUGAAAGUGUGUUCAGAGAAAGAACAUGCUGACAACGUUUUAUCGUCUAAACCAUGACAGAGCAGAUUAUUGUCAUGAUGCAUAUUGUGCAUUAUAAACGUGUUUAUUAGAAUGUGAAUGAUUGUUAUAUCCACGUGGCUCAAAGUAGGGUUGCUACUGAUUAUUGAUUUAAAUAUCCUUUUUGUUCUUAAAUUAUAAAAUCGAUAAAAUGUUUGUUCUGUUCACUUUUUGUCCACUAAACAAAGUAUUCAGUUUACUCUAAUGAAGGAACAAAGAAAAUAACAAUAAAGUUGAUGAAAGUAGCAAAAACAAACCACUCAAACUGACUGAUUGUAGGCAUAUUUACAGUCUGUAUAUGUAUAUAUACAUAUACGUCCUACAGCAGGAUUAUUAUUAGUAUUGUGUUUACAUCAGAAGCAGUUUUCAGUCUGUGAUUCUCCUUCUAACACGGCUUUCCUGCACUUUUGCUUCCUUACCUUCGCUAAUUGGUCAAAAGAUAAAACUGUGGGCUCACAAGAAAAGAAAGAAGUCACAGGUGUAAAUGAUCGUAUUAAUGACGGUCACUAAAAGAAAGAAGACAAAUAUCCCUCUGCUCUGUUUCAUUUAUGUUCUCUUCUAUUCAGGAAUCCACUCUUUGUCGCAGCUUCUGACAACAUACCAUUUGUAGUGACUUCGUUCAUUUUAAGUGUUAAGAAUGUUGGUUUUAAAUCAAUUUCCAAUGCAUUCAGGGUUUUUACUUGUCACUUUGGUGCCUUUUUGCGACUGUGUUUGUUGAUCAACCUGCUCUUCUCAACACUUUCAAACAUUUUCCUUCAUUGUAUCAUCACUAGUGAUGUGAAUCUAAAUGUCUUACCAUAUAAUGAUUGUAUUAUAAUACUGAUGGAUUAUGCAGUAUAUCCCAACCUUUACUGUUUGACCAAAAAUGUUUGUGUUCCCAACAGUAAAUAUUAUUGUUCUUGGCAAUACAUGUAGUUCAAGGUCAUGUGUGUACAUGUACAUGUAUGUGUUUAUGUGUGUGUGUGUGUGUGUGUGUGUGUGGUUCUAAAUAAUUAACCUUUUUUUUUUGUUUUUUUUUUGACCUUGCCCAAUGUUGUGUGGGGAUUUCAAAACUCAUUAAAAAUGGCAUAUGGGAACUUGAAA